AUGCAGCUGCGCUGGAGCGGCCACCUGGUGCGCAUGGACGACGAGCGACAACCCAAACGACUCUUCUACGGAGACGUCGCGACGGGUUCUCGCCGUCAAGGAGGCCAGAUUCGCCGCUACAAGGAUACCCUGAAGUCCUCCCUGAAGCGCCUGCAAAUCAACCCGACCAACUGGGAAGAGCUCGCACUCGAUCGACCGACCUGGAGGAGGACAGUGAAGACAGGCGCUGCGAUCUACGAAGCCAAUCGCAUAGCCGCCGCCAAGGCGAAACGCGAUGCCCGCAAAUCACAACCUCGCCCAGUACGCAACGCCGCCGCACAAUCUCUCCCUACGUGUCCUCGAUGUCAACGGACAUUCCGGGCACGAAUCGGACUUGUUGGACAUCUUCGGACCAACUGCGCCUCUCGAACUGCACCAACCAUCCUCCCCCCGCCCGCCUUUGCCUCCCCGCCGCCGCCAACUAACUCUGACAAUUCUUCUGAACCACCACUUCCAUCCUCCUCCUCCUCCUCCUCCUCCUCCUCAUCCUCCUCCUCCCCCUCCCCCACUGCCCCAGCGGCGGCCGCACAGGCGGCCGUCUCGCACAUCAACCCCGACACAACAACCGACACCACCCCCACCUCUCCCGAUUCCAGUAAUGAGGAUCAGGACUACACCUGCCCUCACUGCGGUCGCAUCUUCACCUCACGCAUCGGCCUGGUCGGUCACUUGCGAAUCGAUCGCACAGAGACUGGCGAACCAGUGCCUGGAGCACCAACCUACACCCCCCGCACUCGCCUUCACUGCCCACACUGCCCUCGCACCUUCCGGCAUCGCAUGGGCCUAUUCGGCUACAUGCGCAUCCACGAGAGCGGAAUUGACCACAAUUCCGAUACACCAACCACACCCAUCAUGCUCAGCACCACCCUCCCACCAUCCGUCUGCACCAACGCCUCCUCUGUGGCUGACACUGACACCGCCGAAAUCACGUGUCCACACUGUCCACGCACACUCACCUCACGCAUCGGCCUGGUCGGUCACUUGCGAAUCCAUCGCACAGAGACUGGAGAACCAGUGCCUGGAGCACCAACCUACAUCCACCAAGCUCGACUCAACUGCCCACACUGUCCCCGCAAUUUCAGGCACCGCAUGGGUGUAUUCGGUCACAUGCGCAUCCACGACGACCUGCUGUAG